UGGCUCAGUGUUCCACAUAAGUGAAGGGAGAUAACAACGCUGUCAUUACUUUCCUGCCCUGUAGGUGGCGCCUUGUCACAGGGUCGAUGAAGUUUAGACGCUUAAAAAAAUCUGCUGGCUCCCGAGAUCGAGAACGCGCUCUGAGUCGCUUCCCCAGCAUGUGUUUACUCCUAAAAGUUCCUGUCACUGUACUAGCAGGACUAUGUCUGCUGUGACGCCUCCUGUUCAUGGCCGGCAUGUUUCUCAUCGACGUGAGUUAGAAGAGCUACCAACGGAAAACCGGAGAAGACAGCAUAUUCCUCCGCCUGUCCAGGGUGGAAGGCAGGCACCACUGCACAGCCAGCGGCACCGGACUGAUGUCAGCCAGAACCGCCCUCGAACUGAUCCCAGUGCAACCUGGUCCCGCACGAAUGAUCCCAGUACCAGAGAGCCUCUGUUGGACGACUGUGAGCGAAUGGGGACUCUGUUUGGUUCGCUCAACAAGUGUCUGCGGGGAAUGGGCUUCAGCCAGAUGUACUUUGGGGACAAAAUAGUGGAGCCGGUCGUGAUCGUCUUCUUCUGGCUGCUGCUCUGGUUCCUGGGCAUCCAGGCCUUAGGACUGGUGGGAACUCUGUGUAUUAUCAUCAUCUACAUCCAGAAAUAAUGUUGAUGAUUUGAGUGGUGCUUGGUGAAACUCUGGAGAGGCCUGUACUUAUACACUCUUGGUGAUUUACGAUGCUUUAUAAUUGUGAUUGUCCAUCUGGAGCCUUCACUUGCUUUCCACAGUUGAUGCAAACAAUGGAGACUGAUUAAAGAAAAACCAGCACAGAGCCAGAUUAAUGGAUUUGAUCAUCUUGCAGUAUUUACCACAGAGGACGCGGCGUCAGUUUGGGGUAUUUUUGUGGCUGGUUUGAUUGCAUGCACGUUUAUGUUCAUGUACAUUUUUGGGAGAAAUAUUAAAUGAAUCCCACAAAGAUGAUUCACUAAUGUUUGCAGUGCACAGUUCACUGUGAACUGUGUUGAGUGUAAUGCUAACAGUGUCUCAUUUUGGGCCGGAUGUGGUUGUGAUUGUGUGUCUUUAUUUGGACAGAGAAGGGCUGAUUUAUCGAGUGCAUGAGUGAUGUAGAGGCCUUCAUGCUGUGAGCACAGUAGCUGAGCUCUGGCUCAUCGUGCUUCACUCAGUCCUCAUUCUGCAUCCACAUGUUUCUGCAUCAGGACAGAGGAGGAGAAUCCCGAUGCAUGGAAGUUACAGUGACCUGAUGGGCUUCCAGUGUGUCAAAGAUCAUUCCACAACGACACAAUCUGUUGUGUGUUUUCUCAGCCUGCACAAAUAUGGCGACUGUUUUCUUUCUUUCUGAUUUUACAGUUGUUACGAAGCAAAUUGAAAUGUAAUUUCCAAUGUGACAAUAAUGAGACUCGGAGCUGCACGAUGUGACGAUGUGGAAUUUUGACUUUGACGCAUACCUGCACCCUCACACAGCCUGCUGAAAACAAACCGUGUUGUGCAUGUUUAAGAGUAACGGUAACAUGAACAACUUAGCGGUUACGCUCAGAUUUCAGGUUUAUAUGGUGGAAUUGUAAUAACAGCGCCCUCCUCUGGUUGAGUCCUGCACUACACCUGGCCUGUCAGAUUUAUGCAGAGAAUCGCUGUCAGCCUGCAUGACCACACAGUGCAUUGUCCGUUCUAACAGAAUUUGCCUUGAUAUCAAAUUAUCUAAAUUGCCAUCGAACUUUGAACUCCCAUCAGCUCAUCUGAAGACUUUAUCGGUCAUGCUAAUAGUGAACACAGUCCGUAAUCUCUUAAUAUCGUGUCAUUGCCAGAAACACCUUUAGUCUCCUUUGCAAUGAUUCUGCAGGAUUUUAUUAGAUGCUUAAAAUUAUUUGAAUAGAUUUAAAGUGAAUAUCAUUAAUGGAGUGUUGUCGCACCCACACCCACAUAGUAUGACAUGCAUGCUGCUGGGAAAAGGAGAGAAAAGAAGAGACUGAAAAGUUUAUUUCCGCCUCCAGGAUGACCAGAAGAGAACACACAGUUCACCACAAUGUAACCAGUUUACUUAAGAGCGAGGUUAUCUGAGCACGUAAUGAUUUAGUGGUUCUGGAGUUUUUUUCUUUGACUUGAAAGUGGAAAAAUUAAGCUAGAAUGAUACACUGGUGAACUUUGAGGACUAAUUCCUGCCCCAUGCAGCUGAUCAGAGCCACUGCAUGGUCUCUGUGGGCAGUCGAGUAUUUCACCGCAGUCUUCCACUUUGUGUUUGCUAGUGUGGUAGAGUGGCUGUGAACAUCAGGCCAGGAUGUUGUAUGUUCCUAAACUAAAUGCGAUAAUGAAGAUAUUGUUAUUUUGUUAAACACAAGUGUGUGACAGCGUGUUCAGCUGAAAUCCUAACAUCGCACACUUUAAUGUGUGCUGUGCAAACUAAUCUGUGACCUCUCGGGUUUCCAAAGAGCUGAAUGCUUAAAACAGCAAAUGCUGAUGUGAGUAAACCCUGGACUCGCCUUUGCUCUUGUCUCAGGUUAUUUAAGUAUAUUUGUGUUCAGACGUGCAGGUGUCUACAUUAACUACACUCUAAUCAUGGGGAAUGCAUAAUCACAGAUGGUAAGCUACUGAUUUCCAAUGGCCAAGCUACAUUUGUCCCUCCUUUAAGAUGCUGCAAUCAGCUAUUAUCAAAAUAAAGUUUUUUCAUAUGGCAAACAUGUCAUCUAAUGAUAUUCCAGUGUAUUAAUAAAAUGUUUUUAAAAAUA